AUGGCCUUUUUUAAGGGUCCGUUCCUAAACCUUGAUAUCGUGAUUCGUGGGUCUGGUACUCUGGUUGAAUUCUGGGCUCAACCUCCAGGUGUAUUCUUUAUUUCGUUAGAGGGAUAUGGUACCAUGGGAUAUGAGAAUAUUCCGAACUCCAUGUUAGUUAAGGUGGUACCUAGCAGCAUCCAUGAAUAA